CCUUCCCGGAGAACACGCCCCGAGUAUUUGGAGAAGAGGCAGAUAGUAGCAGUAGCAUUGAACCUGAGGGGCUCCGGCUGUGCGCAGACCUGCCGCUCGCGGGGCGACGGGCGACAGACGAAGCGAGAAAGCCGGAAUAAAAGAAAAGGAGGGCGGGUGGGGGGAGCGACUAAGAGGCUGGGAGAAGGAGAGAGACAGGGAGACAGACAUCGAGAACCUGAGAGAUCAGACAGACGCGCACGCACACACACACACACUCUCACGGACCCUUAGCCUGCAAGCGCGGGAGAGAAGACCGGUCUAGAGCCAGACGGACAGACGCCCCGGGACGACCCCCUGACCCCAGCCCCCCCCGCACCCCGGAGACCCCAGGGCGGGAUAUGGUGAUUGUCUCCACUGCCUCUCGGGAUUUACAAAGACAGCGCCGCCUGCUCAGGGCUCUAGCUCCAAUUCCUGCCCCUUGCCCCCGGGGCCCCGUCCCCCGCCUCACAAGGCGGGGCUCAGCCCCGUGGGGGGCGACCCUGGCCCGAGACUGAGCCCCAAACCCCAGCCCCCUCCCCAUCUAGUGCAUGUGGAGCUGAGCGCCGCUGGCCAGCGGGGAAUAUGAACCGGAAAGCAAGGCGCUGGAUCUGCCCCAUCUUCCUGAGCCUGGGCAUCGUCUACAUCAAAAUUGGGGGCUUCUCCUCUGUGGUGGCUCUUGGGGCCAGCAUCAUCUGUAACAAGAUCCCAGGGCUAGCUCCCAGACAGAGGGCAAUCUGUCAGAGCCGACCUGACGCUAUCAUCGUGAUCGGAGAAGGGUCUCAAAUGGGAAUCAACGAGUGUCAGUUUCAGUUCCGAAAUGGUCGUUGGAACUGCUCGGCCCUGGGAGAGCGGACAGUCUUUGGGAAAGAGCUGAAAGUGGGGAGCCGAGAAGCUGCGUUCACUUACGCUGUCAUUGCUGCUGGUGUGGCCCACGCCAUUACAGCUGCCUGUACCCAGGGUAACCUGAGCGACUGCGGCUGUGACAAGGAGAAGCAGGGCCAGUAUCACCGGGAUGAAGGCUGGAAGUGGGGCGGCUGCUCUGCCGACAUCCGCUACGGCAUCGGUUUUGCCAAGGUCUUCGUGGAUGCGAGGGAGAUCAAGCAGAAUGCCAGGACCCUCAUGAACUUACACAACAAUGAGGCUGGACGCAAGAUACUGGAGGAAAAUAUGAAGCUGGAGUGUAAAUGCCACGGAGUCUCUGGCUCGUGCACCACUAAAACCUGCUGGACCACGCUCCCCAAGUUCCGCGAGCUGGGCUACAUCCUGAAGGACAAGUACAACGAGGCUGUGCACGUGGAGCCCGUGCGGGCCAGCCGCAACAAGAGGCCCACCUUUCUCAAGAUCAAGAAACCCCUGUCCUACCGCAAGCCCAUGGACACGGAUCUGGUGUACAUCGAGAAGUCGCCCAACUACUGCGAGGAAGACCCGACCACCGGCAGCGUGGGGACCCAGGGCCGCAUGUGCAACAAGACGGCCCCCCAGGCCAGCGGCUGCGACCUCAUGUGCUGCGGCCGCGGCUACAACACCCACCAGUACGCCCGCGUGUGGCAGUGUAAUUGCAAAUUUCACUGGUGUUGUUACGUCAAGUGUAACACGUGUAGUGAACGAACAGAAGUGUACACGUGUAAGUGAGCUGGGAGGGCUGCGCAGAUACUGGGGGACUGGGGGGGGGUCAG